CCAAACAUCUAUAUUUAAUUAUUGUCGGUGAGAGGAGGAAUCUGACUUCCAAAAUUUUUCUCUCGUUGAAUUCUAGGCGAUGGAGUGUUGGUUUAGGCUUUUGCAAGCGGCAGAGAGGGACAUGCCUACUAAAACACCAAACUUAAGCGGUUUUACUCUAUCUACUAGCUCCCAGUACCAUGAACGGUGUCUACUAUUCCAAACCAAAAAUAUAUAAUGCGGAAAGGGAAAUAAAUUCUCAAGUUUGUAUAUCAUAGUUCAAACACUGAAUUCCCCUACAAUGAACUCAAAUUGGAGGGACAAGAAAUUCUACCCUACAAUAGGCAUUCUAUUCCUUCUGGGUUUCAUCUAUCUGAAUUACUUCGAUAACUCAUAUUUUUCUUUUCCAAUCAUCACAUGGAGUCCUCCCAAAAUGGGCUUUGUAGGGGUUAAUGGCACCAGAUUUGUGCUUGUGGAUAAUGGGAAUAUAGAGUCACCUGUGUAUUUGAACGGAUGGAAUUCUUAUUGGUUGAUGGAGGAGAGUGUGUGGGGUCCGUCGAGAUAUAGAGUCUCGGAUAUGCUCAAGAAAGGGGCUGAAAUGGGGAUGACAGUUUGCAGGACUUGGGCUUUCAGUGAUGGUGCUCGACCCAAUGAUCUUCAGACUCAACCUGGUGUCUUCAAUGAAAGGGUCUUCAAGGGAUUAGAUUAUGUGGUAUACGAAGCUAGGAAACAUGGGAUAAGAUUAAUCCUCAGUCUUGUCAACAAUUUGAAUGCUUUUGGUGGAAAAGCUCAGUAUCUGCGUUGGGCAGAAGAAGCUGGAGUGAAUAUUACUUCGUCGACCGAUUCAUUUUUCUCUAAUCCAAUCAUAAAAGAGUAUUACAAAUCUUAUGUCAAGGCUAUUUUGACUAGAAAGAAUUCCUUUACUGGUGUCAAAUAUUCGGAGGAACCGGCCAUAUUUGCCUGGGAACUCAUGAAUGAACCUCGGUGUAAAUCCAAUUCAUCUGCUUCCGCUCUUCAGGCUUGGAUUACAGAGAUGGCUGCAUUUGUGAAGAGUUUGGACGGAAAACAUCUUGUGACAGUUGGACUUGAAGGGUUUUACAGUCUAAAUUCAACAGGGAAUUACGGAGCAAAUCCAGGGGAAUGGGCGGCAUCACUUGGAUCAGAUUUUAUAAAGAACUCAGCAAUUGAAAACCUAGACUUCGCUUCAGUUCAUGCUUACCCACACAGCUGGAUCCCAGAUGCAGAUUUAGAAGCAAAAGUAAAAUACCUAUCCAACUGGGUAGAUGCUCAUGUUAACGAUGGUGAGAAUGUGCUGAAGAAGCCCGUUCUUUUUACUGAAGUUGGCGCCCUUUUAGUUACAAAGACAGGAGGAUUAUAUGAUAGAGAUAUUUUGUUGAGAAUGGUUUAUGACCAAAUUUACGAAUCUGCAAAGAGAAGGGAAGCUGGUGCUGGAGUUCUAAUUUGGCAGUUAUUGGUCGAAGGAGUGGAGGAAUAUAGUGACAAGUAUUCCUUUGUAGCUUGGAAGUGUCCUUCGACUUAUAAAUUGAUCUUAGAACAAUCAUGCAGGCUAAGAAAUACUUCUCGAAGCCUAAAAAACCGGAAAGAUCAACAUAAGGAUCCUUGUUUCAGUCAGAAAAGAGGUUGAGAAAGGAAUAGGGUAUGGGAAAAUUAGUAAUAAGCAAACUCUGAAGAUUGUGUUGGGAGUUUGAACUUGUACAUACAAUCAACCAGACUUGUUCUAUGGUGUAUAAUAUUCGUAUCAUGUGUAUGUUUUAAUAUUAUUUGAUUUUGAUGCUUGUAUAGAAUUCGUUAAGCAUUAGCCAGUACUAGUUGUUUUGUACUCAAUUGUUGUACUUGUGCAAUCCAACGUUUUUCGGAUAAGAAAUUUCUUCGUUGUACUUGA